AUGAAGUGCCAUCAGGAGGACCUGUGCCAGGCCUGGACGUGGAUAGAGGACGCCGGCCUGGACGGCGACGUCCCGAGCCAGUGCCUCAUGCUGGGCAUGGCCGUCCAGAAGAAGGAGUACAGGAAGGGCGAGGUGUCGGGAAUCCUGCUCGGGCGGGCGAUGAUGCUGCUGCCCCCAGAGGGCGGCGGCGGCGGCGGCGGCGCCAAGGCCGUCGGCGCCCGCGGAGAGAGCGGCAAGGCAGACGAGCACAGCCCCAACUACAACGGCCACUGCCAGGAGGCCACCCCCUGCAUCUCGGGCCAGUUCUUCUGCAUGGAGGGGCUGAGCAGGGGGUCCUGCUCGCCACUGAAGGCGGCCAAGUUCUACGACGGCGACCACGGCUGCGAGCUCUUCUGCGGCGUGGGCGGCUCGGCCUCGCCGGGCGAGGGCCCCGAGGCCGCCGCGCUGCCCGUGCGCGGCGGCGGCUCGGCGGCGCUGCUGCAGGCGAUCUGUUACACGCCCGUGCCCGUGAAGGAGCCGCUGUUGGCCCCGGGUGCGUCCCUCGACUGGGCCGACUUCGCCACCGCCAACACGUCCGCGCUCUGGUCCCAGCAGGUGCGAGGGGACCUCGCCAUCAUGCGGGCGCUCGGUGCGAACGUGGUCCGUGUGCGCGGCGCGGAUGGAGCGGCGAACCACCGGCCCUUCCUCGACGAAGCGACUGCGCAGGGGCUCGGGGUCAUCACGGAGUUCGGCGAGUUCCCCUACGUCCAGCUGAAGUACAGCUGCCUUCGCACCAACAUGGACUGCUUCGCGCAGGCCAAGAGCCUGCACGCGGCGCACCUGAACUCCGGGCUUCUGUCGCCCGGAGGCGGGAGUUACCACUCCGCGGUGCACACGGUGGUGCUGAUGGUCGAUCCAGACACCCGCGUCCAGGCGGUGUUGUCCGAGGGCCCAGGCGGCGCCGACGAGCUCAAGGGCCUCUUCAUCAAGGCGAUUGUGAGUGCCCUGGACGGCCUGCUGGAGGCCGAGGCGUCCCUGAAAGUGGGGGGCGCGCUGCCGAACGUGACAGUGUCCUUCUCCUUCGCGACCUGCGAGGUCUGCAAGCACCUGGGGGACAAGCCGGCCCUGGGCCAGAUGGCCGAGCUGCGGGAGGCGGUGCAGAGGCCAGAGGACUACGGGUACGCGCCGAGGAACGACCUGUGGGCGGCCUACCAGUCCCGGUUCGUCAACAGCGUCAGACCUCUCAGCGGACGACUUCAGAGAGUACUUCAUGGACACCUACGACCAGCACUUCCAGGACACCCCGGUGUUCAUCAGCGAGUACCGCGCGAACGGCCUCUUGGCCGACAGCGCGGACGCGCUGAGGCAGAUGGUCGACGUGGCCAGGGGGAACGCGAGCAUGCUCCUGGGCCUGGCCCUCCCAGAGUUCCAGGCCCGCAAGGACCGUGGCGAGGGCGCGCAGGCCGCCGGCAUCUUCGAGCUCGGCGACAAAGCCCUCGCCAAGUUCACCCUCGGGAUCAGCACGUACGUCGCGUGGUGCCUCGAGCCCACCUGCGACCCCGAGGCCGGCGUCUGCCUGCCGCGGGCCGUGGCGGACGCGUUCGGCGGCCAGGGCCUCACGGGCUCCGAGGUCGGCGUCUGCCCCCAGACGUCCACCAGCACCACCACCACGCAGACGACCUCGACGGUGACGACCUCCACCAGGACGACCAGCACGUCCACCAAGACGAUGACCAGCACGAAGACGACGACCUCCUUCACGACGACCACGAGGACCACGACGACCUCAGAGCCCUCCGGAGAGAUGCGCGGGUUCCUGUCCUUCGUCUCGGCGGCCAUCACGCAGACGCAGGCCCAGACCGCCGUGAGGGCGUCCCUGGCGCUCUGGUACAACGUCCCCGAGGAGCAGCUCACGACGGUUAA